UGGUCUAAGUCGAGCUAAAGGGAAAAAACGGACUCGCCUCUGUCAUUCUUCAACGCAUCACCAAUUUAGUAUCGACAUCACCAGCUCCAACGCAACUCAACGCCUUCAUGAACUCACGAGAUAAGAAACCGACGUAUCGUUAAUCAGACUUACCAAAAACCGAGUCCCACAGGCUAGCCUCCAUCGCCUCUCGCUCGAGUCUGGAUGCGCGUGUGCACAUAUUAAACUCUCGAUCUUUCGGCUUCUGAGCCACCUUUUCUCUCCACGACGACUCGAUUACUAACGUCAAGCUGGCAAUUAUAAUGCAGCCGCGGGCGACCGGUCAAAUAGCGAGGAAAUCGACCCGAUGGCUCCGAAAUAGCCCUAAUUUUGGCUAUACACGACUCUUCGCUUCGGCAGUGCCUCCGACAGAACAGAAGAAACCAGAGGCCGUACCCCCAGAACUCGGCAGUGCGCCAUCACGGCCAUGGCAAAGCUCUAGUAUCCAAGCCGGAUCGGUCACACCUACAUCAACAAGCCCUUCGUCGCAAUUCUACGUCCCCUCGGUCGUCAUUCCAGCUGAAGCAGCGAAAUCUGGACCCGUACAUAAAAUUCAUAUCCUGGGCGAAGAUGUAAGAUCGAGAUUCAUCGCCCACGCUCUAUGUAGUGUUUAUGAUUCCGUUGAGACGGUGCCAUUUCGCGAGAUGCCCAAGUCAAGAUAUCGAAAUGUCGAAAAGGUUCAACCUGAACGAACGAGGAAGAAUGCAUAUGUCGAGAAGAAUGCAGCCAUGCCCGAGGACGAUGUUGUACCUCAAUCUGACCGCUCGCACAUCGAUGAGUUGAUAGUUACCGGCCGUGGCUUUGAAGCUGUCAAGGCGAUCGUCUCAGUCAAAGAUCGGAUCGACGAUAAAACAUCGAUUUGUCUUCUCAACGACGGCAUGGGAGUUCUCGAGCGGGUCCGCGAGGAAAUUUUUGACGGAACCCAGCCUGAGCCCAACUUUUACUUGGGUCAUAUGUCCCACGCGCUCGGUUUCAACCGGAACAGGGAUUCUGUUAAGCAGUUCAAGAGUGGGCGAACAGUCUUCACCAAGGCCGAUCCGGUACUGAAUGCGGAGAAGGAGCUUUACAUCCCCGCUGAGCAGCAGCCUAGUAUGAUGCAUUCUUUGAGAAGGGUCAAAGAGCUCAACACAACCUUCAGUACUUAUGAGCACUGGCUAAGAUUCAAACUACCUUCCAUUAUGUUCACGGCUGCUGUUGAGCCCGUCUGCGUGCUCCUUGACCUCCCAUACCAAGGUCUGUUGGAAAAUCGAAAUGCUCAAAAGAUGAUGAAUCAGCUUCUGGGGGAAAUGGCUCUAGUGACGGAGAACAUGCCCGAGGUCCAAGACUCACCCGACCUCAUAAAGUUCCUCCGCGGAGAAGGCCUCAAGAAGUUCUGCUACCGCCGUAUUACUGGCAAGAGCAACGCCCCAAGUGAUCUGCUGACACGCAUCAACAAGGGUCUACAAACAGAUAUAAACUAUCAGAACGGAUACUUCUUGAAGCGGGCUAGGAUUCUCGGCAUAGACACACCGACAAAUCAACUGAUGGUUCAAAUGAUUAAGGCCCGACGUAUUGAACAACAGCAAAAGUUGCGGUCUAUCAUUCCAGUCCAGGAGGCAUCGCCAAGCGAUGUUAGGAAGAAGACUCAGCAGCGCAUGCUGAAAAAUGGCCUUCUUUUGUAGAAUAGGGUAUUAACGAAUUGCAUAUUUGGCGCUUGGGGCAUUCUAUAUAUGGUUGGAGAUUUUCACAUUAGCACUUGAACUAUUCGAACUAAAGACACUCAACAACUCCCUCAGUUAACAGAAUAUGUG